GUAAACAGCUGCGCUGCUGUCGUGCAUUUAAACGAAAUUUGGUUGUUGUUUUUUUUAAUGAGAUGAUGAUAUGUCGACUCUGCCUGGAGGAUACCGAGCACAGUGUGCCCAUCUUCGAUCAGGAUGGAGAAGCAGUGCAUCAAACGAUGCAGCAGCUGGCGGAACUGAUAGAGAAGCAUCUUCAGUUGGUGCUGGCGGCCAAUGAUGCGGUAUCCACUUGCCUGUGCGGCACAUGCUGGCAGCAGCUGUCCAGCUUCGAGCAGUUUUGCUGCAUGGUAGCGGACAAGCAACGCGCAUUGCAGCUUAAGAUCGAGGUCUCAGAUCCAGAGCCGGAACCAGGCCUUAUCGUGUGGAAUACAGAAUCGCCUAUCGAGUCGAAGAUCGAUUUCGAUGGCGGUGAUAUUAAGGACCACAUUUUGUGUGAGCCCGUCAUCGACGCAUUGGCCGCCAGAGACGAUAAGGAUAAUGAUAGUGAUGAUGGCGACCGAUUCGAGACGGACUUCGAGCCCAACGCCAUCGAGCCAGAUCCUGUGAAACCUAAAAAUCCAGGUAGGGGCAGGCCCCGUAAAACCCUCCAAAAGAAUUCCCAGCUUAUCAAAAAGAAAUACGAGAAGCACAAACAGACGAAGGCGGAGCUCACUGGACUCACACUCCGCGAAUCUCGAGCACGUGCCCGCGAUCUUAGACGUAAACCUGAGGCUGUAUCAUCAGGCAACGACUCGACACCUCCGGACCCGGAGUACACUCUCAGCGUGCCGACCCGUGCCAGUGGAAAUCGUGGCCGUCCCAAGACUAUAACUAAGUGCAAGAGAAAGCAUCCAACUGUUGAGGUACAAGCUGAAACUGAACCUUCUGUAAAGCGUAACAGCAUAAAGGAGAUGGACGACUUUAUAGCGGCCAAUGUGAAGCUCGAUUGUUGCCUGUGCGCGGCUCCCCUUGCGGACUUCAACGAUCUGAAGCGACACUUUCGAGUGGAGCACAAUAUCCUGGGAUACGUAAAGUGCUGCAACAAUCGGUAUAAGAAGCGCACUCUGUACGUGGACCACCUACACUGCCACAAGGACCCGCAGUACUUCAGUUGUCAGCCCUGCCGCAAGAACUUCCUGAAUCGCAACAGCCAGGUCAUGCACAUGCUGCGCUUCCACUCCGAACAGCAGGAGCUGGUGCAUGAAUGCUCCAUCUGCGAGGCACGAUUUGCCAAGAAAUUCCUUCUGACUAUGCAUCUGAAAGGUCACAAGGGCACCGAGCGUCCCGAGGUCUGCGACACCUGUGGCAAGACAUUCCGCACCAAAUUUGAGCUGAGCGCCCACGUUAAGCGAAUGCACGCGGCGGACUUCACCCCGAUCAUCUGUGACAUCUGUGGCACGCAUUUCCGUUCAAAGGCCAACUUUCUCAUCCACAAGAAGGCACUCCAUCCGGAUGGGCCCGUGGCGGAGGUGCAGUGUACUCUGUGCGGCCGCUGGCUACGGGACGAGCGGAGUCUCCGCAAGCAUCUGGCACGACACGAUGAUCGCGACAAUCAGAAAAAGUAUCGCUGUUCCCUCUGCAACGCGGAGAAGUCCUCUCGUGCCGCACUCAGCAGCCACAUGAGGUAUCAUCACUCCGCCAAGCGGCACAAGUGCAGCCUCUGCGACAAGGAGUUCAAACUGCCGCGCGCCCUCGUUGAACACAUGGCCACGCACACCGGAAUCGAUCUGUACUCGUGUCAGUUCUGCACUCGCACAUUCAAGUCGCACGCCAACAUGCACAACCACAAGAAGAAGAUGCAUCCAAAUGAGUGGGUGCGCAAGUAUUCCCAGCCCACAACAAUUUCCGCCUUGGGUUCCUCCUCAGGCCAUCUCUCCAGUACAGAGGCGGAGGCGGGGUCAGAGACAGUGGCCGUUGCUGGGGUGAAUCUUCCGGCACCGGCCGCCAACUUAAUGGAUGACCCAUCCGUUGGAGAGACCUUUGAGCUGCUCAGCAACAGCUCCGCAUGCCCCACGCUCGACUGAAACCAUU